UUUGGAGAUGUCCACUGAAUGCAUUGCUUAUUCCCGUUCUCCGUCAUUGCAGAUAUUACGUUAAACUAAACUUCUAAAAUGGCCGAAUUUCAAGCGGUAAUCAUGGCGGCUGGCACAGGCUCGCGAAUGUUUCCUUUGACUGAGAAAAUUCCCAAAGCUCUCUUGCCUGUGGGAAAUUUACCAGUCAUAUGGUACCCCAUCAAUUUGCUCGAUAAAGCAGGCUUUGAGGGUAAGGAACAUAAAUUUAUUGUUAAAGCUUUGCUAUGUACAGUGAAUUCCUAGUGACAAAAUGCUUAAAAAUAUGAUGGAGUGCCGUACCCAGAGAUCCCCAGAGUACAUAAAUGUUGUGGUUCAAUCUUUUUUUUUUUUUUUUGGGAGGGUGGGGGGAUAAAUUUAUUAAUUGUACUUUGAUUCCUUAUCAGACAGACAGCCUUUAUUUUAGCACGAUGAUAUUAAAAGCAUUGCAGCUUAUGGGGUUAUGAAAUAAGACGGACAGACAGCCUCAUUAUGAUACAUCACCCUAACCUAAAACAAAGGGAAAAUUAUUAGUUGGGUGCAGGCAAAAAAUUGACAAUUCCGUCACUUCCACCCCAUCAUUUUUUUCCUUGUGUCUUUUUGCGCUUGCUGUGUACAAAUUAUUUCUAUCCCCACCAUCUGAACACCUGGAACAGGCUACAUGACCCUCUCGCCAUGCAUUCCUCAUAUUCUCUUAUGUGUACAAUUUCCAACAUGCAUAGAUUGUCAUUGGUACCCAGUAAGGGUAAGGUCUAUACUGGGAUGCAACCACUGGUAGAUGAGUCACUGGCGACACUGAAAAGUACUGUCAAUUUUUGCAUCAGUGACUGUGUCUAGUGAAACAAAAAAUGAAAUUUGCUGAUUGUAGAUUGCACUUAGCCUGAGAAAACAGCCAACAUUUUGCAACGCCAUCACUGGUUUCCUUGCAAAAUGACAUCUGAGGAAUGAGCAAAGAAAUUCCAUACUGAUGAUGCGUCACUACUCAGAUUUGGGUGGUGCUUCUGAUUGGUCGCACUGCCAGGGAAUGUACUUCCACAUUUUGGGUUUUAAGGUUUGGCUGCUCAACAACAAUAACAUGUCCAUUUGUUAAUUUUUUUGCCAGAGAUCAUUAUUAUAGUGCUUGAUUCAGCACUCACACAAUUCCAUCAAAUUUUAACAAGCCUCUGCAAUCCAAAACUGAAGUUGGACUUUGUUACCAUUCCCGAUGAUGAAGACUUCCAGGGUACUGCUGAUGCUCUUAGGUACAUUAAAGACAAAAUAGAGGUAUGUGCCUUGAUUUCUGUGUGGCAAGUGUAUAGAAAUAGUGUCUUACAGGGUGGACUUUGACAAGUAAUCCCUCAGUUCACUGGCCAGUGUAGUAAGCAAUUUUCUUGAAGUGGCUAGAGGAUAACAUUUUGUAGCAAAGCUGCGAAAACAUGUAGCAUCUUAAUCACUGCUUCAAUGAAUUUAACAGUUGCAUAAAAAUAAAUUCAUAAUAAAUAAAUUCAUUAUUAAUAAUGGAAACUUGGGGGGUACCCUUGACCUGGCUUGAUUGCAAUAGACACCAUUUCAAGGCAGACUCCUUUGUAAUAUUAGUAUACUACAUAAUCAUAUGACUCAUGCAAAUAUUUUUUUUUUAUUGUCAAAAUUUUUGCAGAAAGAUGUUUUUGUUGUGAGUUGUGAUCUUAUCACAGAUGUUGCUCUUCAUCAUCUUGCUGAUAUUCAUCGCAGCCAUGACUCCACCCUUACUGCUUUUCUGGCUCCUGUGCCACAGACAAGUGCAGACAGAGAAGCUGCUAAUAAUCCCAAAGCAAAAAAGAAAACUGACACUUCAGGUAUAUACUUGCUGUUAAAUACGUGUUUUGCUGCAGAGGUGAAAUACAAAUUUUAUAGUUAUGUAGAAUUAUAUUAACCCUCUAUUAGAAGCGCUAGGAGUGAUGACAGCAUCAAAUUUGUCCUUGUAAAAUGAAAUACCUCAUAAAACAGCGCGCUCACUGAUCAACUAAGAAUUGAUUGUUAAUAUAUAAAAUCAUUUGUUUUUUCUUUAUUUGAACAGGCCAGCUUGAUUACAUCGGAAUUGACUCAAGAGAGAACAAGCUGUUGUUUUUCAAACCUGAAGCUGAUCUAGAUGAAGCAUUAGUAAUAAGAAAACCUCUUCUAAAAAGGUACAGUUUCUGUUACGGUAUCUUAACCUCUAUCGCUUACACAGAUAUUCUUGGUUUCUUCUUGCUAUGCAGAGCUGUAGUCAACUGUCAGUCAUUGGACAACACCCAACUAAACUGGCCCACGUGAAAAAUGCCUUAGAAAUUAAACCGACUAUGAUUGAAAACAGUUUUGAAUCUUGAGGAAAAUGAGCUUAAUUCUAAACUAAAACACCAAAAAUCUCAAACUUCAGUUUUAUGCAGAGAAUUGGAGAUUCAUACAGGAGAUUUGGAAAUUUGUGCCAUACAAAUCACAUACAUAUAUCGGGGAGACCCCUAGAUAAUCUAUGUUUAAAAUAUAACUCUGCAAGUUAAUGACUGGCACUUUAACUACACUACAGCCGUUUCUGCUGUGUAUGUAGAAUUGGCCACUAGUUUAUUGGGAUGUUUCUGUAUUAUUUAGGAUAUUGAUUUUGUGAUAGAACUAAUUUUUGUGGCUUUUGUGGCAGUGGUUUUACUUUGCAAACAAAAAUAUUGAUCCACUUUUACAGAUAUCCUUGUAUCAACAUUGUAAAGAAUCUAAUGGAUGCACAUUUAUACAUAAUCAAGAAAUGGGUGGUGGAUUACCUGGCAGAAAACAAGUAAGAGUUGUCCUAAGGUGUACAGAAAAUAACUCAACUUUGUAAAAAUUUCUCUGUGAAAAAACCUUAAGGAUUGAACAAUGUUUUAAUUUCAGGGCAAUCAACUCAAUAAAGGGGGAACUCAUUCCUUAUCUGGUGAAUAAACAGUUUCAAGAACACAAAAAUGUGGACAGAGAAGUCACUGGAACUGGAGAAAAGAAGUUUCUCAAUCAAGAGUCAGCCAAUAAUAAAAUAGGUAAACACCCUUCGGGGGAAUUGUUUGUAUUUCUCAUCCUUGGAGACCCAGGGGCAGUUAGUCGGGUUGAUAAAUCUUACAGUAAACUUUCACCACGAACAUUUUAUCGACCCGACUAACUGUCCCUGGGUCUCCAAGGAUGUGUAUUUCUCAGCUAUCCUCAUGGCUGAAAUGCUUUCCUGGUCUUUCAAAAUACACUGAAAUGUGCUUUCAGUCUCCUCAAAAUUUAUCUUUCUUAACCCUUUAAGCCUCAACAUCCACAUACCAAUUCUCCAAACUGAUCUCUAUACAUUUCUUUAAAGAAUAAGUUGAGAGAAUUUGAUAAUAGAUCAAAGCAUUUUCUCUGUAGUGAUCACUUCAUUAAUUCUCAUAACCUGAUCUCUUGACAAGGUAUGGAUAUCGUUAGGAGAAAAUUGGUGUUGGUCAUCAUUGGGGCUUAAAGGGUUUUAAUGAAAAAGGAACAAGCCCUUCCUUAUACCCCCUCCCACAUGAAUAAAAACCUUUCAAUCUUCUCUUAUCAGCUACUAGAUUUUUUUCCCUUUUACCUUAACAUUUUUGGAGAACCCUGAUAAAGCUUGUUAAUCUUUGCUUUCUUACCAGAUAUUUAUGACUAUGUAAGAGAGGGUGACAUUACAAUGUAUACUAGAGAGCUGUCCUCCUGGAGUGGUACACUAACAGAUAUUGACCAUAGCAACACCAUCAGAUGUCAUGCGUUUCUCAUGGAAAGUGGAACGUGCCUGAGAACAAAUACUGUGCCACUGUAUAUGGAGGCAAACAGACUGGUAAUUUUUUUUUGUUUCUGUGCACUUUACUUCACUGGAAGAUUAGAUUACAACUUGUCCGUGGAGAGUAAGUGAUUAGUGGAAGUCGCUCAUGGUGCCACAAUGUACCUCCAGUCUGUUUUUUGUUAUAAUGGCUUUUGGUAGUUAUAUGUUGUGUGGAAAGAGUUAAAUGAAUCGAGGGUUGCAGGUGUUUUAAUAUUGAAUUUAGAGAUUUUUCUAUUUUCUUACUAUAGAUAUCAAAACUUUUGCCAUCUCUGAUGGCAAAGGAAAUCCCAUUGAUUCACCCGUUGGCAUCAAUAAACCCCAAAUCACAGGUAGGAAAUCAUUUAACGAUAAUUAUGGUGCAUUGAAUCAUAUAUGACUGGUUUUACUACAUGUACAGUGUAUGUGCUAAGAAGAAUGACUCAGUAAUAUUGAUUAGCCUGCUUGUUGGUUCUCACCACUGCUCCCACUACUUCCAACUUCGAGAUUAUUUCUUCCUUCUACCACUUAAUAUAAUAAAUAUUUUGGUUUAAAAUUUCUUUUCAUAAUAAUUUUAGUUUGAUCAAACUUUAAAGGCUGGUAGUACAUCAAACUGCAAAAUCUCUUCACUACUCUGGACACCUCUGGAUCUUAUGAGUCUAAAUGAAGAUUUCUUUUUUUAUUUUUUAGGUGGGGAAUGAUUGUAUGUUGGAUGAAAGUGUUUCAGUGGGAGAGAAAGUUUCAAUAAAGAAAUCUGUGAUCGGUAAACACACCACCAUUGGAGAGAAAGUCAAGAUCAGUAACUCUGUAAUCAUGGAUCAUGUAACCAUCAGAGAUGGGUAAGUCAAUAAUAAUAUUAUUAUUACAAAAUAUGCCAACCAUUCCUUUCUUUUGAUCUGUGAAGACUCAGGGACAUUCAGGUAGGGCAGAAGGAUUCACUUUAAAAGUGCUGUCAGUUUUUGUCAUUGUAUAAUUUUCACCUGCCCCAACUAGGUGUUGCUCUUUCUGACUUUCUGCUAGUGCACAGUGGAUCCCUUUAAAACAGUGAAGUGGCUUGAAUUACAUUAUUGGUGAUGAAUGUUUUAUUUUUUUUUACACUUACAGUCACACCAGGUAAAGUGUAUCGCCCCUAGAUUCCAUUAAUGAAUCCAUUAUUUGAAAAAAUGAAUCUGUUAGUUGUGCCACAACCAGUAUUCCAAAUUCAAAUCUGCAUUUCAGCAUGUGUAAUGAGCAGUGAUAUUUUGGCUACAACUUCUCAGUUUUGGGUUGGAUUGAAAAAUCUUUGAAUGGAUAAAAUGCUUUGAAAGCAUUUAUAUCAAAUUCAAGAAAACUGAGCUGGCAGAAAUUUUAUAACUUCCUAAUGUGUGAAUUCACUUCUCAAUACGCAUGCAGGAAUGCAGAGAUGAAUCUGAAAUCUACCAUUACCAACUACCAACGGAUUUAACUUUCGAAAACAAUAAAUUGAUUAAAAAAUUGAUUCUUGUGGAGUAUGCUUGACCAGGCUUUACCUUAACAUUCUGUUAUUAUUAUGGUUUGUCUUGCUAGAUGCAACAUCCAAGGGAGCAUUAUAUGCACAAAUGCAUACAUCAAAGACAAUGCCAGUCUUAAAGAUUGCCAGGUUGGAGACUCGCAUACCAUAACAGAGGCAGGUGAGUGGUUGAGGCUAUUUAAUUUGAUUUUAUGUUUUUAA